AUGGAUAAGGACAGCACAAACCUGGCUGACCAGCAGUAUGAAUGUGUGGCUGAGAUUGGGGAAGGAGCCUACGGGAAGGUGUUCAAAGCCCGAGACUUGAAGAACGGCGGUCGCUUUGUUGCACUGAAGCGGGUGCGGGUGCAGACCAGCGAGGAGGGGAUGCCGCUGUCCACCAUCCGAGAGGUGGCAGUUCUGAGGCACCUGGAGACCUUCGAGCACCCCAACGUGGUCAGAUUGUUUGAUGUGUGCACCGUGUCACGAACAGACAGAGAGACGAAGUUAACAUUAGUAUUUGAACAUGUGGAUCAAGACUUGACUACUUACUUGGAUAAAGUUCCAGAGCCUGGAGUGCCUACUGAAACUAUAAAGGAUAUGAUGCUUCAGCUGUUUCGGGGGCUGGAUUUUCUGCAUUCACAUCGUGUGGUACAUCGGGACCUGAAACCACAAAAUAUCCUUGUAACUAGCAGCGGGCAGAUAAAGUUAGCUGACUUUGGCCUUGCACGAAUCUACAGUUUUCAGAUGGCUCUUACCUCAGUGGUUGUUACUUUGUGGUAUAGAGCUCCUGAAGUUUUGCUUCAGUCCAGCUAUGCAACACCAGUUGAUCUUUGGAGUGUUGGCUGCAUAUUUGCAGAAAUGUUCCGUCGAAAACCACUCUUCCGUGGAAAUUCAGAUGUUGAUCAGCUAGGAAAAAUCUUUGAUGUAAUUGGACUCCCAGAAGAAGAGGACUGGCCUAAUGAUGUUGCCCUUCCAAGAAAUGCUUUCACUUCCAGACCCGCACAACCUAUUGAAAAAUUUGUACCAGAUAUUGAUGAACUGGGCAAAGACUUGCUUCUUAAGUGCUUAGCGUUCAAUCCAGCCAAGAGAAUAUCUACCUAUGUUGCCCUCUCUCACCCAUAUUUCCACGAUCUGGAGAAAUGCAAGGAGAAUCUGGACUCUCACAUGUCAUCCAGCCAAAACUCCAGCGAGGUGAAUGCAUCAUAAUGCUGACUGAAGACGAAUCAUAAAUGAACAAGGCAUCUAGCUGACAAGGCCGCUGUCCCAUGCAAACCACAUAGCUGUUCUAGCGAAGACCAUUAUUUGGAGGUUUUACGCACUUAUCUUCUACUUUGGGAUUGUGAUGUGCUUAUCCAAGGAAAUCAAUGUAGUUUACUUUCAUCAGAGCAACGCAAGGGCCAGGGCUUUGACCUGCUCCCGUUGCAGCUUUAUGUUUGUUUUGGUUUUGUUUUGUUUAUCUACCUGGGAAAACUCCAGAGGAAGAGAAGCUGCUGACCAGUUUUGCUGCCAUUUUAUCCUUUUAAUAUUGAAUGCUGCCAGUGUGGAGUAGGAUGAUCGAGUUACUGCCAAAACACGAUGCAAUCUCUCUCUCUAGCUGCUGAAGCAUGAUUUGGUACUUUUUAAAUUAUUAUUAUGUGAUCUCUUACAAUGAUAUUUAAAGAAUGGCAUUGAAAUAUCAGAUCUCUGCAACCUGCAGUUAACUGAUAGGUGCAUUAAUAUAUCCAGCUACUGUUCAUUCAUAGCAUAUAUGCAGGUGCUUCCCCACUUGAAAACUUGGAUGGAUUAUUUUAUCAUUUCAUUGCUCUAUAAAAAUGACAGUGAUGAUGGUGAUCAUAAUAAAUGUCUCAACUUUUAAUUGUUUUCGUACACAAACGAGUUAUUAUCUAGCUACGUUUGUGUGCAUGUUGGAAAA